AUGGUGCUUGAUUUGUACAAUUUUUAUGUGCAGUUUUUUAAAGACAUUGAAAUGAAUGAGAUUAUGAAUUUGUGGAUCUGGAAGCCCGCAAGCCGGGAUCCCCGAAAACUCGGAAGCCCAGAGUCCCGGAUCUCCGGAAUUCCGGAAGCUCGGAUAUCCGGAAUUCCAGAAUCCCGGAAGCCCGGAAGCCCGGAUCCACGGAAUUCUGGAAGACCGGAAGCCCGGAAUCUCGGAGGCCCGGAAGCCCAGAAGACCGGAAGCCCGGAAGCCCGGAGUCCCGGAAUCUCAGAAGCCCGGAAGCCCGGAAGCCCGGAUUCCCGGAAGCCCGGAUCUCAGGAAUUCCGGAAGCCCGAAAUCCCGGAUCUCCGGAAUUCUGGAAGUCCAGAAGUCCGGAAGCCCGGAAGCCCGGAAGCCCGGAUCCCCGGGAUUCCGGAGGUCCAGAAGCCCGGAAGCCCGGAAGCCCAGAAGCCCGGAAGCCCGGAAGCCCAGAUCCAGGGAAUUCCGGAAGACCGGAAGCCCGGAAGCCCGGAUCCCCGGAAGCCCGGAUUCAGGGAAUUCCGGAGGUCCAGGAGCCCGGAAGCCCGGAAGCCCAGAAGCCCGGAAGCCCGGAUCCUCGGAUCCCCGGGAUUCCGGAGGUCCAGGAGCCCGGAAGCCCGGAAGCCCGGAAGCCCAGAAGCCCGGAAGCCCAGAUCCAGGGAAUUCCGGAAGACCGGAAGCCCGGAAGCCCGGAUCCCCGGAAGCCCGGAUUCAGGGAAUUCCGGAGGUCCAGGAGCCCGGAAGCCCGGAAGCCCAGAAGCCCGGAAGCCCGGAUCCUCGGAUCCCCGGGAUUCCGGAGGUCCAGGAGCCCGGAAGCCCGGAAGCCCGGAAGCCCAGAAGCCCGGAAGCCCGGAAGCCCGGAUCCAGGGAAUUCCGGAAGACCGGAAGCCCGGAAGCCCGGAUCCCCGGGAUUUCGGAGGUCCAGGAGCCCGGAAGCCCAGAAGCCCGGAAUCCCGGAAGCCCGGAUCCAGGGAAUUCCGGAAGACCGGAAGCCCGGAAGCCCGGAAGCCCGGAUCCCCGGGAUUCCGGAGGUCCAGGAGCCCGGAAGCCCGGCAGCCCAGAAGCCCGGAAGCCCGGAAGCCCAGAUCCAGGGAAUUCCGGAAGACCGGAAGCCCGGAAGCCCAGAAGCCCAAAUCCAGGGAAUUCCGGAAGACUGGAAGCCCGGAAGCCCGGAAGCCCGGAUCCCCGGGAUUCCGGAGGUCCAGGAGCCCGGAAGCCCGAAAUCCCGGAUCUCCGGAAUUCUGGAAGUCCAGAAGUCCGGAAGCCCGGAAGCCCGGAAGCCCGGAAGCCCAGAUCCAGGGAAUUCCGGAGGUCCAGGAGCCCGGAAGCCCGGAAGCCCAGAAGCCCGGAAGCCCGGAUCCCCGGGAUUCCGGAGGUCCAGGAGCCCGGAAGCCCGAAAGCCCGGAAGCCCAGAAGCCCGGAAGCCCGGAAGCCCGGAUCCAGGAGCCCGGAAACCCGGAGGCCCGGAAGCCCGGAAGCCCGGAUUCCCGGAAGCCCGGAUCUCAGGAAUUCCGGAAGCCCGAAAUCCCGGAUCUCCGGAAUUCUGGAAGUCCAGAAGUCCGGAAGCCCGGAAGCCCGGAAGCCCGGAUCCCCGGGAUUCCGGAGGUCCAGAAGCCCGGAAGCCCGGCAGCCCAGAAGCCCGGAAGCCCGGAAGCCCAGAUCCAGGGAAUUCCGGAAGACCGGAAGCCCGGAAGCCCGGAUCCCCGGAAGCCCGGAUUCAGGGAAUUCCGGAGGUCCAGGAGCCCGGAAGCCCGGAAGCCCGGAAGCCCGGAAGCCCGGAUCCCCGGGAUUCCGGAGGUCCAGGAGCCCGGAAGCCCGGAAGCCCAGAAGCCCGGAAGCCCGGAAGCCCAAAUCCAGGGAAUUCCGGAAGACCGGAAGCCCAGAAGCCCGGAAGCCCGGAAGCCCAAAUUCAGGGAAUUCCGGAAGACCGGAAGCCCGAAAGCCCGGAAGCCCGGAUCCAGGGAAUUGCGGAAGACCGGAAGCCCGGAAGCCCGGAAGCCCGGAUCCCCGGGAUCCCGGAGGUCCAGGAGCCCGGAAGCCCGGGAGCCCGGAAGCCCAGAAGCCCGGAAGCCCGGAAGCCCGGAAGCCUCCUUCGGGUCACCUCUCGGGAGCCCCGAGAAGAGCAUUUUCCUCAGAAAAGCACGGACCCAGGACCCAGGAUCCACGGGAGCCCGGAAGCCCAGAUCUCCAAAAGUCCAAAAGCCCGGAAGCUCGGAAGCUCGGAAGCCCGGAAGCCCGGAAGCCCGGAAGCCCAAAAGACCGGAAGCCCGGAAGCCCGGAAGCCCGGAAGCCCGCAAGCCCGGAUCCUCAAAAGCCCGGAAGCCCGGAAGCCCGCAAGCCCGCAAGCCCGGAAGCCCGGAAGCCCGGAAGCCCGGAAGCCCGGAAAGCCCGGAAAGCCCGUAA